AACAAAUGGACCAUUGAAGAUGCAUUUAAUAAUAAAAAUGACAUUAUCACAUUAUUCUUAUGCAAAAAUUCUAUAUACUACCAGCGAAUUAUGUAGUACACUACUCCAAUAAAAAAACUAAAACGGAACAAUUAUUGAACGAUUGGUGAGCAAACAAGAGAUAGUUUGGGUCCAUAUAAUAAUUUAUGCUUGAACAACCGACCCCUGUACUUAAAUAUAGAUCUCACUUAAAAAAAUAACAAAUCCAAAUCAAUCUCAAAAUUUUACUUAGCAUCAACAACAAAAUAUCCAACAAAUUACACCAUGAACAGAUUGUUUUUUCAAAACAAAUAAAAAUAGAAGGAACAAAGAUGUUUCCUAUACAUGAACUCUGAAAUCUUGUCAAGUGUCGUUGCAUUGAAGAAGAAAAGUCUGUGUUUUAGAGAGCAAGUGUGCUAUACAGUUUCUAAUUUGGACAACAAAGACAAGAAGGCAAGCUAAACAUUAGUUUAGGUAAAAGAGCUCACUAAAUGCUCCAAGUCUGUUGAGUGCCAAAUCCCAAAAAGUCAAAAAUCGAUGAAUGUGUAUAAGCAGAAACAUUGGCCAAAGACUAUUGCAAAGUUUUUUUGUUUUAUGCACAAAAGUUUCUCUGCACAGAACCCUCACAAUUUCAAGUACUGACUUUCAGCUGAAAGAAGUUUCCUUGGUUGAUUUUAUUAAUGGGUUGUAGUCCCUUUCUACCCAAAUUAUAUAUUAGUUGAUUUCAUGAUUCGAAAUAUUAUUUAAUCCAAGUCUUUUCGAUAUCCUGUACAUGGUAGAAAACUUUCAAGAAUGUUUAGAAAACAAAUGAGAUCAAUUAGACUCAUGUUAUAAAACAUAUAUAUCAUUUUGUUUUCUUUCUUUCGGACAGUAGGAGAGAAGCAACAGUCACCGCCUCAUCUGUGGUUUUGAUGAUACAAUCUAAUCAUUUCCUAGUUUUGUGUGUAGAUCCAUUAAAAAAAAUUUAUCUAUCCAGUAAUCAUAGCCACAUGAUUUCAUUAUAUUUAUUUUCAAAAAGAUUAGCAAUACUAUCAAAAUCAUACCUCUGUCUAUCUUUUUGGUUUAAAACAAAUAUAAAAAAAUAUAUGACUAGGAUUAUCAUAUUGACUUUUUUUCAUGGAUAAUCUAUAUACAUGUGAAAAAAAUGAUCCGGUUCAGAUCAUCAAAACCAACACCACGGCUCUUGACAAAAUGACGGACUGGACUGUCCAAUCAACCUCCAUGACUGGAGAAAAGUCUACUCUUCAGAAAAUAAAAAUUUAAAAUUUCCCAGCAACGUCCAAAGACUUUGGUGCUUAUGAUUAUGACCAAUCCCAUACUCCUUAUUGAUAAUUUCCAGGAAGUUACAAAGAUGAAGAUUAGCAAUUUCCCUGGUAGAAUGAUAGCACUAACCCUGUCAAUCACAGAGCUUCAUCGCUUGCUUUUGUUUUCACAGCAACCAAACAGAAAACCCAAAAUUUGCAAAAGCUUUGCCAUGGAUCAAAUAGUAAUAUCACCCCUUCUACAGGUGAUCUUCGAAAAACUUGCUUCACAGGUUCUGAUGAAGCUUCAGUUCAGCAGCCACUACCGGAAAAAGCUCGAGAAGCUGAAAGCUACACUGCCUGUGAUUCGAGCAGUCAUCGAAGAUGCAGAAGAACAACAGCUCAAGGAUAAGAAGGUGAAGGUCUGGCUGAGAAAGCUUCAAGAUGUGGUUUACGACAUUGAUGACCUUCUGGACGAGGUCACCACCCAGUUUCUCCAAAGAAAGACGAAGAAAAAGAAGGUACCUAUUGUUUGCUUAGCUCUUGAGCCUGUUUCAAACUACUAUGUUAUGCCUCGUAAGCUGACAACGAUUCAAGAGAGGUUGGAUGAUAUAGCAAGAGAGACGUCUAACUUCCAGUUCAGGGAGAGAAUGGUGUAUGAGCGGUCUGAUAUCAUAGAACGACGACAAACAGGACCUCAUAUAGAUGAAUCAGAGGUCUGUGGUAGAAGAAAGGACGCGGAUGCAAUAGUAAAUAUUUUACUGUUGGCCACCACGAACACUGACACGGUCAGUGUUUCAGUAAUUCCAAUUGUUGGAAUUGGGGGAAUUGGAAAAACAACUCUUGCUCAAUUGGCAUAUAACGAUCCAAGGGUGGCAAGUCAUUUUGAUCUAAGAAUAUGGGUGUCAGUGUAUGAUAAUUUUAAUCCAAGAAAGAUCAUAAAUGAAAUUCUGGAGUACACAACUAAACAAAACCAUGAGUCCUCACAGAUAGGUGUACUACAGUCUCAACUGUUUGAAUCAUUGUGUGGGAAGCGAUACCUUCUUGUGUUGGAUGAUGUAUGGACCGAUGAUCAAGACGAAUGGGAGAAAUUGAGAUAUCCAUUGAGAAAUGGUGCAGGUGGAAGCAAAAUUAUAAUCACCACCCGCAGCAAAAGAGUUUCAUCAAUAAUGAAAACAAUGCACCCUUACACGUUGGAAGCUCUAAGCGAAGAUGAAUGCUGGACUUUGUUCAAGCAACGAGCUUUUGAGUUGGGAGAAGAGGGAGGCUAUCCAAACUUGCUGCCAAUAGGGAAACAGAUUGUCAAGAAAUGUGGAGGGGUGCCCUUAGCCGCCAAGAUUCUUGGAAGUUUGAUGCGCUUCAAAAGGGAGGAAAGUGAGUGGCUACAUGUGCAGAAGAGCGAACUAUGGAAUCUGGAUGAAGGAAAGAACAGAAUUUUUUCGGCUUUGAGGUUGAGUUACAACCAUUUGCCAUCACAUCUGAAACGAUGCUUUGCAUACUGCUCAACAUUGCCCAAGAAUUUUGAGAUCAGCAAGGAAAAGUUGAUACGCCUGUGGAUUGCAGAAGGCUUGAUUCAAUCCUCUGACGAUACCUUCUCUUCUAAGAAGAUGGAGGACACUGGCAACGAAUAUUUCAACGAUUUGCUGUUGAUGUCUUUCUUUGAAGCAGUAAAUAAAUAUGAUGACAGCAAUCAGACAGAGUUUACAAUGCAUAACCUCAUUCACGACCUCGCAAAAUUUGUCACUGGUAAUGAGUUCCUGAUGCUAGAUCACGAUGAUACUUCUGUCAAGCCGGCGCAAGUUCAUCACUCAUCAGACCUAAGUAGUAAUAUUGAGCAAACUCGCCAUGCAACAAUAUUCUGCAAUUUUUGGUCUUUUAGGGUUCCUGAAGCUUUGUUUGCUGCAAAGAAAUUAAGAACUCUCAGAUUUUUCUCUCCGACAAAUGACUCUGUCAAAGCCCUACCAAACAUAGCUGCAGUCUUUAAACACCUCAGAAUGCUAGAUUUAAGUGGGUGUGGGAUCAGAAGUCUGCACAAAUCAAUUGGUGUGUUGAUAUAUUUGAGGUAUGUCGAUCUCUCUAACACCCUUUUGGAAACUUUACCUAAUACAAUCCAGAACCUCUGCAAUUUGCAGACGCUGGAUCUCUCAGGCUGUCACAGUUUGAUGAAUUUACCAAAUGGCAUAACACGACUGACAAACCUGAGACAUCUGAUUAUAAAGGACUGCACAAGACUCACCCGUACUCCAGCAUCUAUAAGAAGUUUACUGAAUCUUCAGACCUUGCCGGUUUUUAUUGUUGGCCCUGCAUUUGAUGAGAGCCUUUUCCAACUUGUGCAUCUAGAUCUUCGUGGUGAGUUGAAAAUCAAGCAUUUGGAGAAUGUUGGUAGUAUAGUACCAGUUCUUUGUUUGGAGAAAAAGCAGCUUCACUCACUGGGAUUAUCAUGGGGGGAUGAUGACGCAAAGUCAGAUCAUUAUCCAUCAAGGCAACCUGUAGAAGGGCAUCAUACCAAUCAUAAUCACGCAGAGACUAUGCUCAACUGCUUGAAACCCAACAACACUUUAAGAAAGUUGAUUCUAAAUGGUUACUCGGGAGUCCUAUUUCCACAAUGGAUGAAUGACAUCAUGCUUCCAAAUCUUACAGAGCUGGUUUUGAACAACUGCAGAAGAUGUGAAAAGCUUCCUACACUCGGGCAACUUCCUUUCCUCAAGGUUCUAAACAUGCAAGGACUAGAUGCAGUGGUGAGCAUUGGUAGUGAGUUCUACGGUGUAGAAGGCAAAGGGACUGCAUUUCCUUCACUGGAGCAACUAACCCUCAAAGAUUUUCCCAGUUUACAAGCAUGGGAGAGUGAGAAUUCGCAAGAUGCCUUGACUUGCCUGCAGAGACUUACCAUCAUUGCAUGUCCUAGACUCGAAACCAUGCCGCAGUUUCCAUCUCUCCAACAUUUGGAGCUGCGAAACUGCAAUGCUAGGAUACUCAGGUCAGCAGCAGAGCUAAAUUCACUCUCCACUCUUAUUAUUGACUCCUUUCCAGAGCUAUUGCACCUACCACAAGGAUUGCUGCAGAACAGUCCUCUUACAUCUUUAACAAUCAGCUCUUGCCAACAACUUAGUUCACUGCCAUGGGAUUUGAAAAACCUUGGAGCUCUAAAGUCAUUGACUUUACGCUGGUGUGAAGAACUAUCUGGUCUGCCACAGCAAAUUAGAAACCUUACCUCUUUGGAGUCUUUGGAAAUCACGGAGUGUACUAGUUUAGUCUCUUUGCCAGAGGAAGGCAUUCGGGGCUUGCAUUCCCUUCGAUCAUUUUCUAUAGAGAACUGCAAUAACCUGGCUUCUCUGCCAAAGGGAAUAAAGCAACUAACAGCCCUUGAGCACCUGACAAUCAUGUAUUGUCCAAAUCUGCGCUAUUUACCCGAUGAACUGCAGCAUCUCUCAGCACUCCGAAGUCUUAGUAUAUUAAGCUGUCAAGUACUGGCAUCUCUACCAGAAGGACUACAAUAUGUCAAGACUUUGCAGAACCUGGAAAUUUGCAGCUGUCCAAACCUCAUGGAUUUGCCAGAUUGGGUGGAGAACCUCAUUUCUCUUCGAUCAUUGGCAAUCACCGAUUGUCAGAAUAUGAAGUGUUUGCCAAAAGGUCUAGAACGUCUCAAUGCACUCCAGCAUUUGUCCAUUAGAGAUUCUCCUGACCUUGAGGAAAGAUGCCAGGACAGAGGAGCAGACUGGAAAAAGAUAUCCCAUGUCCCAUACAUCUACAUCGGAUCAUCAGCAUCACAGCAGGCAACACAAUGUUGCUGCAAGCACUUCAAGUUGCAACAGUCAUAA